UCAUGGGGCCCCUGGGCAAUAUGGGAUCAUGGGGCCCCUGUGUCCUUGCCCAAACUCAAAAAAGCCUAUGAAAAAGGUACCAGGGGCAUCUCAUGGGGCCCCCUACUGACCCUGGGCCCUCAGGCAGUGCCCGAGUUUCCAAAUGGUCAGUCCGCCCCUGAUCGUAAGAUAUAUAUAUUACAUGUACUUAUACAUUAGAUAUAAAUUUGGUGGACUUGUAACAAUUGAAAUGCUAAUGCUCACACGUAUGAAGAUAUCAAAGUCAUGUUAUCACAUGACAAUUUUAAGCAAUGAAUGGUUUCAAUUCAUGUCAUUCAUUGUGUACAAUUGUGUU